AUGACUUUGUUCCGACAGGAUCCUAACGCCCGCGCUUCGUCUUCACAGCCUCCAUACGCCUGUGACGAAUGCGUUACCCAACUUGUUGACUCAUCCCCAGCAAUUCCGAGGCUUGGCAUCCAUGCCUAUGAAUGGCGGUCCGAAGGAUUACACGGGAAGUAUGGAGCGUCAUUUGUCAGAGGAGUUCAGGGGGACUCUUUUGAAGGAGAGUCGACCCUUGGUGACAAUCUUCAAGCUUCAGCUUGUCGCAAGCAUGAUACUGCCCAUGACUUGGACAAAUGGAAUGGCGUGAAUAGCUGUGCACACAUUAGAUCUCGACUAAGACACUCAGACAAGAGUGGGGCUUCAACGGGUACAUCGCGUGGGAUUCCGAUGCCGUCAACUUCCAUCAUGUUGAGCAAAAAUACGCUUAAGACACCAGAAGAUGCAGCUGCCGAUGCGCUUAGAUCUGGGAUGGAUGUGGAAUGCUCAACCUCUGCAAGAUCAAAAGAUUUCCCUAGCCCUUCGUUCUCUAUGAGGAUGAGGCUAGGACUAUUCAAUGGUGAUCCCACCAAACAGCUUUACGGCAAUAUUGCUCCAGACCAAGUCCGUUCCCAAGAACAUCAGGCUCUAGCCCUUGAAGCAGCUCUAGAUGGCAUUGUCCUACUAAAGAAUUCUGAUAGGCUUCUCCCUCUUUCAAAAUCAGGAAUCUCUUCUCUUGUAGUUGUAGGCCCCAAUGCGCACAAUUCAACAUACCUUCUUGGAAAUUAUUUUGGUACGGCCUGCAAAAAUGUUACGAUAUUGGAAGUAUUGCGGAAGCAUAUCAGCUCCGCCUCGUAUAACAAAGGUUGCAAUAAAGUUUUAUGCACUCCCGCUGCAGUGAAGACAUCAGCAGAAAUGGCACAAACGGGAGAUUAA